GAAAUAUAUAUGUUUACGCGCGCGUGUUUUUUGUAUUUUUGUUUUUCAUCACUCACUUCAAUUCAACAUUUAGUCCAAUUAAUUUCGAUGUCAGCAGUGCAGCUCUGGAGGGGGGACUGAAAAGCGCAUAAUAUAAAAUCGGACGUGCGACAUAUUUGCUUCUGAGUUUGAUAAAAUAAUUUUCGAUUAUUGCUGGUGGUGCUGUGGUACAGCUGUGACCAGCCGCCUACGAGCGCGUUACUAAAUUCAUUGCCAGUGGCAGCUGAUUGAUAACGCCAAUGGUGUCUGUGGACGAUCGCACUACGCUCCAAAACAAUAGCGUAUUUUCACCAGCAUUAAGGGAGGAAGCAGCUGUUUUCUAUUUAUUGCUGCUGCUAAAUAGUAUACAAGAAUAAGCGGUACAAAUCAAGACAAAUAAAUAUUUUCAUAUUGGCGAAUCUAGAAAGUGUUUCAGUACAUAAAAAACUUCAAAAAAGAAAAGUGCGUAAUGUCCAAACCGAUUUUGUAUUAUGCGCUAUUUAGCCCACCGGCACGGGCUUGUAUGUUAACAGCCGAAUUAAUUGGACUUGAAUUGGAUUUGAAAUUUGUGGAUUUUGCCGCAAAACAACAUCUUACGCCAGAUUUUCUAUUGCUAAAUCCUCAGCAUCAAAUACCUGUUUUUGUGGAUGAUGACAAGGAGGUGUUUAUUGACAGCCAUGCGAUUAUGGCAUACAUGGUAUCAAAAUAUGGAAAGAACGAUAACUUAUAUCCUAAGGAUUUGAAGAAACGUGCACGCGUCGAUCAUAUGCUGCAUUUCGAAAAUGGAGUACUGUUUCAAGUAAUCAAAGAUAUGGUGCGACGUAACAUUUACGGUGGCGAAGGCGAAUUCAACAAAAUAACAUUGGAUCUGUGCGACAAUGCAUACAGUUUCCUCGAAGCUUUCAUUGACAAAAGCAACUUCUUUGGAAACAGUCCAACACUUACCAUUGCCGAUGUAUGCAUCAACACCACUCUAGUAACACUCGAUAUGCUUAUACCAGUCAAUAAUAACAGAUACCCAAAACUGGUUGCAUGGAUGAUACGUAUGAAGACAUUGCUGCCUUCAUAUGAGGAAGUGAAUUUAAAAGGAGCCAAGAUGCUGCACGAUCGCAUUAAGAACUGCAUGCGCGAGAAUAAAGCUAAAGAGAACAGUCAUACUGAUUACGACUGAGGUGAAACAGAUGCAGCAGGAUAGUUUUAUUUUAAAAGCAGAGUUAUUGAUCAACUAAAAUAUACGUCCAUAUACAUAUACAUACAUAUUUAUUAAAAAAGUUGUUAUUUAUGAGCAUCUAAUAGACAUUAAAAACCUUCUUAAAUUACAUAU